CUCGACUAGCUCGGCGCAUCCCGGGCCUGCUCGGUGUUCGACCGUCCGCCCUGCGUUGCCGCUGCUCACUGUUGUUGCUCCGGCCGUCAUGUCGACCGCAAUGAACUUCGGGACCAAAAGCUUCCAGCCGCGGCCACCAGACAAAGGAAGCUUCCCGCUGGACCACUUCGGUGAGUGUAAAAGCUUUAAAGAAAAAUUCAUGAAGUGUCUCCGCGACAAGAAUUUUGAAAAUGCUUUGUGCAGAAAUGAAUCUAAAGAGUAUUUGAUGUGCAGGAUGCAAAGGCAGCUGAUGGCCCCGGAACCACUGGAAAAGCUGGGCUUUAGAGAUAUGAUGGAUGAGAAGGCGGAGGCAAAGGACGAGUGUUGAGAGCAGAGCCACAGAACCGCGUCCCCAGCUGCCUGGAGCAGAGAGCCCUCUGUCCACAGGGCCAGGAGAGCUGAGACUCAGCUGUGCUGCCCAGUGGAGGGGUCCCCAAGGGGACUCCCGAACAUGCUUAGCUGCAGCACUCCCCCAAAUGUCUCCUCAGCUGCCUUCGGUUUCCCUUCAGACGGUGGUUUUAUUCUUCGGUGUGUAUGUCACAGGAUUCUCUCAGGGUCCAACACCGGUGUGAUAAGAUCUCCUGCCCUGUGUGGCCAUCACACCACAGAGCCCUGGACAGCUCUCCACACUGAGUCUUCCCGUCACAGACCCGAGUCUUCCGGCCAGGACCUGUCGGUGAAACCGUGCCACCGCAGAACAUCUGCACUUGGUGCUCACAGACACACACCGGCUUGCUUCCCUUGGUGUUCUUUUCUUUGAACAAAACUGGAAUGCAAAGCAGGAAGUAGAAACCAUUUGGCUUUUGACAUA